UGUUACUCCGGCCUUCCUCCUCGAUAAGGAGCUCUGAUACGCUCUCUCUCUAAACCCUCAACAUGACCUUUCGUCUCUGCUUCUCUUCUCUCACUUCUUUGGCAAACCCCCCUUCCAUUUCCUCGAGUUCAUCUUCCACAAGAGUCCACCCCAAUUCAAUCUCCUUCAAAUUACCUUCGAGAUUUCGAUCCCGCAGCGCUGACCGGCGGCGAAGUUACCAGAUUGCUGCAACUCUCACAGUGGAUUCUCAAACCUCUGGAGAAAAAAACCUUGAUACUGAUCGGCCUAGGGUUCUCCUCGAGGUGAAAGACCUCACGGCGAUUGUCGCAGAAUCCAGACAAGAGAUCCUCCGCGGCGUCAAUCUUACAAUCAAUGAGGGCGAGGUUCAUGCCAUUAUGGGGAAGAACGGAUCAGGAAAGAGCACUUUUUCGAAGGUUCUUGUUGGGCAUCCAGAUUAUGAAGUAACUGGAGGCACUGUUUCAUUCAAAGGUGAGGACUUACUGAAUAUGGAGCCUGAAACUAGAUCUCAUGCAGGGCUUUUCAUGAGUUUUCAGACUCCAGUGGAGAUACCAGGUGUGAGUAACAUGGAUUUCUUGCUUAUGGCCUGCAAUGCUCGUAGAGAGAAGCGUGGGGAACCAACACUUUCUCCUAUUGAGUUUUUUGGUUUUUUAUCCCCCAAACUUGCUGCUGUGAACAUGAAUCCAAGGUUUCUAGACCGGAAUGUCAACGAAGGGUUUAGUGGUGGUGAAAAGAAACGGAAUGAAAUCUUGCAGCUUGCGGUUCUGGAGGCAGAGUUGGCUAUUUUAGAUGAAAUUGAUUCUGGUUUAGAUGUCGAUGCACUUCAAGACGUAGCAAAAGCAGUGAACGGGUUGUUGAAGCCCCAUAACUCUAUUUUGAUGAUAACCCAUUACCAGCGCCUGUUGGAUUAUAUCAAACCCAACUAUGUUCAUAUAAUGGAGGCUGGUGCGAUUGUGAGAACCGGCGACUUUUCCCUGGCAAAACAACUGGAGAAGGAGGGUUACAGAGCAAUCUCUUCUGCUUAAUUCACAAGCGCAAGACACUUCAGCUCCAUCACUUUAAAACACGGCAAGUGUGCUUGGUAAGGCCGUACAUCUUUCUAUAGUUUCUGUAGUAUUGCAGAAUUUUGCUUAUUAACUGAUCAAUUUCAAUAAAUCAGCAGCAAGUCUUUUAAGAUA